AAACGGGAGGUCCCAAAACCUGGACCCAAAGGCGAGAGGAGGCAGAAGCAAGGAGGCUUAGCAAGGGAUGGUCGCCUAGGGGAAUCUGUGAUCCCGCUCACUCCCGCCCCCAUCCCGCUCGCGAGCACACACACACACACACACACACACGCACAUACAUCGCACAAACACACACACUCGCAUACGCCCGCGACGCGCGCUCGCCCGCUCGCUCUCCCACGCAAGCGGAAUGCAGCAGCGCCAGAGGAGCUUGUCUGCAACCGCUGCCUGAAUGCACCUCGCCGUCCGCAGCCGGUCCGCCCAAUAGGGCGCAAGGAAGGAAGCUUGGCCGCCAAAGCCUGGACAAUUUCUGACAGUGCAGUCUCACCACAUGGUUUGAGAGAUGGCUGUAGAAAACAACACUCAACGAAGCUACUCCAUCAUUCCAUGUUUUAUAUUUGUUGAGCUUGUCAUCAUGGCUGGGACAGUGCUGCUUGCCUACUACUUCGAAUGCACUGACACCUUUCAGGUGCAUAUCCAAGGAUUCUUCUGUCAGGAUGGAGAUUUAAUGAAGCCUUACCCUGGGACGGAAGAGGAAAGCUUCAUCAGCCCUCUGGUGCUCUAUUGCGUUCUGGCUGCCACCCCAACUGCUAUUAUUUUCAUUGGUGAAAUAUCCAUGUAUUUCAUAAAGUCGACAAGAGAGUCCCUGAUUGCUGAGGAGAAAAUGAUCCUGACAGGGGACUGCUGCUACCUGAGCCCCUUACUCCGAAGGAUCAUCAGGUUCAUUGGGGUAUUUGCAUUUGGACUUUUUGCUACUGACAUUUUUGUAAACGCCGGGCAAGUGGUCACUGGUCACCUAACACCAUACUUCCUGACAGUGUGCCAGCCAAAUUAUACCAGUACAGACUGCCGGGCACACCACCAGUUCAUCAACAACGGCAACAUCUGCACUGGGGACCUGGAAGUGAUAGAAAAGGCUCGGAGGUCCUUUCCCUCCAAACAUGCUGCUCUGAGCAUUUACUCCGCCUUAUAUGCCACGAUGUACAUCACAAGCACAAUCAGGACAAAGAGCAGUCGGCUGGCCAAGCCAGUGCUGUGCUUGGGUACCCUCUGUACAGCCUUCCUGACAGGCCUCAACCGAGUCUCAGAGUACCGGAACCACUGUUCAGACGUGAUUGCCGGCUUCAUCCUGGGCACCGCAGUGGCCCUGUUUUUGGGAAUGUGUGUGGUCCAUAACUUUAAAGGAACUCAAGGCUCCCCUUCCAAACCCAAACCUGAGGAUCCCCGUGGAGUUCCUUUGAUGGCUUUCCCAAGGAUAGAGAGCCCUCUGGAAACCUUAAGUGCACAGAAUCACUCAGCCUCCAUGACUGAAGUCACCUGAGAUGAAUGAAGACAUGUAGCUGUUUGGGGUUUGUUUGGUUUUGAUUUUUGUUUUUUCAGCAACCUUCCAGUUCAAUACUUCAAAACACACAGUUACUCAAGUCAAACUAUGAAGACAAGUAUUACAUUUAUCUAGUUAGAGGCUAAUGUUUUGUACAUUUUUUGUAUGAAGAAGUGAUGUAGCUUGCCCUGAUCUUUUUUUUUUUUGUCAGCUUUAAUAUAUUUAUGCCAGAUUUUUAAAACCAACAAAAUUUUCCUCUUGUUCAAGUAUGCAUUGAAGAAUCACAUUUAUUCAAUGGUUGAUGUUGUUUUGUGAUAUUUGUACACAAAUUUUUCUCAGUUUUAUAGACACAAAUAAAGUGAAUGACCCACUUUAAACCACAUUUUAUUACCACAGUUGCUGCCUCCUCCAGAAGUUUUGAAUUUUAAUGGAAGUUAAACUUUUGAGUUACAGGAAGGACCAUGGUGGUUAAUUAUAAAUAUCAAAAUCAAUUGUGGAAAAAAAAAUAUUGGAAGAGAACAUUGUGUUCUCUUCUGUUCUGUUAAUAGUUAACUGAAUUUCAAGUUAAAGUGACAGAGGCAUACUGGUGAAGAGUCCUAGUUGCCUAACUAUUGGCAUAGAAGCCUAUAUUGGGGAUGAGUGGGCUUUGGUUAUGUGAUGCUUUCUUAGAUAAUGGUCUUGCCAUCCUACAGAGCACAAGGUCAGUCUGGAAUUCUGACCUUGGGCAGGUAAUACUGUAGCCUUCUAUCCAAGAGAGCAGCUAGCACCAGCCUUUCCUGUCAACUCAACAGUUUUGUAUAUCAUAUUGUAUGGACUUUUUAUGAAAAAGAAUAUUUUACAGUUUGCACAGUAUUAUUUUACCGAAAGGCUAUCAAAGCAUCUACAUGUAGAGGCCCAGAGCAAUGGCUUCACUAUGGGGCUUUUAACUCUUCUUAGAUUUUAACUGCAUCCCAUUUUUUCUAGCAUGGUGAUAAUGUGUCCCUCCUUAUGAAGAAGGAGUUCUCUCUGUGUAUCUAUCAAAAUGUUUCUCACCUAUGUCAGCUCUUCUUAGCAUUUUUUGUACAUAUUUUUUUUCUAAAAAGAAGAAAAAAGUUAUCACAAAAA